UCAUUAGCUGUUCUCUUGGAGCACGCUUUCAAUUCGGCUGCUACGCGCAGUUACUUCUUUCUGCACAAAAUCAACGCAUAAGUAACUCAUUUGUCCUGUUUCGAUGUAACAUUUGCAUUUUUAUCACUUUAAUUGCAACUAAACUUAAUUUUUCUAGUUUGUUUGAAGCAAGUACAUUUUUAAUUGAUAUUUAUGUGUGUGUUAAAAACUUAUGUCUUGUGGUUAUAGUUUCAAAAAUUAACUAUUGGUUUUAAUUUGUCAGUGUCGAUUAUUUUAAGCUGUUCUCUUGGAGCACAAUUUCAAUUCGUUGCUACGCGCAGCAACUUCUUUCUACACAUAAUCAACGCAUAAGUGACUGACACUCAUUUUUCCUGUUUCGAUGAAACAUUUGCAUUUUUUAUCAUCACUUUAGCUUGUCGGAUGCAGUUAUCAAGAAACAAUGGUGCGGUGCCCAGACGCUGCAAAUGAUGCGCCUACUAACUUGAGCAUCAUCGGAUUUGAAUCCGAGGAUAUUCCUUUGAAGUUAACUGACAGUUUGGCUUUGAGAAGAAAAAAGGAAAAUCUUCGUCUGUAUGCCAUAGCUACAUGCAUUACUUCUGUGAUUCUUAACCUGAUUUUAUGCAUUCUUUCUUUUGUUUUUGCAAAAUUGAGGCAUAGUCCAGCCACUUUCGCAUUUGCAGCUGAUUGUAUUCUUGAUUUAUUAUCAUCCCUCGUAGUUAUUUGGCGAUACUUUGGAUCUCCUUAUAGGACCCUGUCUCUAUCAAGAGAGAUCAAGGCAUGCAUUAGUUUAGGAAUUCUUUUCAUUGUUGCUGGUGUGGGCGUCAUCGGAGAAGGAGCGUAUUUUCUUGUCGUAAAAGAAGUUCCAAAAUGGAAUACCGUCCUUGUUGUACUUGCUGCUGUUGGCUUUGUCGUUUGUGUUCUUCUUGGCAUUGCGAAAUAUGUUCUCUGCAAGAAGAUGGAGAGUAAAUCAUUGUAUUUAGACGCUUUGAACUCCUUACUAAGUGCUUUGUUCGCCUUAGUUAUAAUUAUUAGUGAUGUUGUUUACCUAAAGAACAAAAAUGUUUGGUACUUAGAUCCUGUACUAAGCAUUGUAUUCUCAUGUCCAUUAAUUGCUUUUGGAAUACGCACAAUAAUACUUCAUAGCAGCCGUGGAGGAUAUGAAUCCGGAGAAAAUGGAUUUUGAUGAACUUUCAUACUUUUAUACUUGUUCAUCCCUUUUCUUUUGCAGUUGAUACUGUGCAAAACCAUUGUAAAAGUCAUUUUAUUUUAUUCAUACAGUGUGUACAAAACUCAACUCGAACUAACAUUUGAAAUCCUGUGUAUUUUAUUCAAUAAAGAAUGUUACGUUUGAGUUUUUAA